CCCGGGGGAUGGUCUGAGUUCAACGGUCGCUGUUUCCACUAUUUUCCAGCACCCAUGACUUGGGCUAAAGCUGAGAGAAACUGUCAGUCCCUGGGUGGGAACCUCGCAUCAGUGCAUAACGUAAAGGAAUACCAUGAGAUCCAGAGGCUGAUAAUGACCACCAGUUAUGCGUACAAAGAAGCAUGGCUCGGCGGCUCUGAUGCCCAAGAGGAGGGUCUAUGGCUGUGGAGCGAUAAUUCAAUGUUCACCUACCAGAACUGGUGUCCUGGAGAGCCCAACAACUACGCUUACAAUCAGAACUGUCUGCAGAUAAACUUUGGAGAAGCAAAAUGCUGGGAUGAUGUCAGGUGCUCUGUCCUUCGCCCAUUUGUCUGCAGCAAGAAAAUCUGAUGAUUCCUGGGCUGACACAGACGCAUCAAGUACCUGUGGAGAGCACAAAUACUGUUUUUUGUGUCAUAAGUCUCAUAUAUACAGUAUGACCUAAAAGCUCUAUAUCUCAUUUAAUAUCUUUAUCUUUUCUAUCGCUGUAACGCUGCCAAAGGAUUGAAGAGACAAGUGACGUACAGGAGCUGGACUGUCUCUUGGGCCUAAGAGCAGACUGAACGAGUUAAGAAAGUAAUGCUUUUAGCACAACUGUAUUAUGUCUGGAGAGGGAUCUGGUCUUUCUUGUCUUUCAGUAUGCAAAAUUAAAACGCUCAAGCAUCUAAACCA